AUGGGAGGACCCGAGACUCACCGGACGGCAAACGAUAACGAGGGUUCGCGUGCCACCCAUCGUUCCCGGAGCUCCCGCCAGGCAAGCGGCAACAGCCAAUAUCGGGCCCAGUCCCCAGAGUCCCAGCUCACAAUACCACCCACACCCGCAUCGCCAGACCUAUCCCUCCGCUCCGUGCGCUCCGUGUCCUCCCUCCCGCUCACGCAGGUCCUCUCCUCCUCGUCACCGCACGCCCUCGACCGGACGCUGUCGGUAGUCUUCUCGCCCCAUGGUAUCUCGUACGCCAGCCUGGCCGCGUACGCCACCUCCCACCUCGUGGCCGAAGCCACACUGCCGCUGACUGCCCUGCUGCACUGCUUCGACGCCGUCAGCAACCCCUGGUGGCUCGGCGGCAACGUCUUGCUGGGCGCCCCGGCCGGCACCGAGACGGCGACGAAGCUCGGCGCGCGGGCGUGGAUCAGCGCUCACGAUGGCGAGAAGGAUGUCAGAGGGCUGGCGACCGGGCUGCUGCGGACGCGGAAAUGGGCGCGCGAGGAGGUCGAGAGCGUGGUGAGUCCAAGGAAGGGGCACUUCAGCCCCGCCCAGGAGAGCAAGGUCGGGAACAAGGGCACGGAGGUCCUAGCACUGGGGAGCGGCGAGGAAGUCGUCUUGACGAGCGAGGGUGUGUGGAAUGUUGAUCAGAAGCAGAAUGAUGAGCGGAUGAAGGCCCAAACGCUCGCAGCUAUGGGUCUGUCUCCCACGAUCGAAGCCAGAGAUAUGGAGCCGAGGAACCUCGGAGAGGUCAUGGCUAUGGUUUGA